AUGAACCUCCUCGCAGAGUUGGCUACGAAUCCAAGCCUCACGGCCAGCCUGCUCACCGGCCUAGAACGUGCCUACCAAGCCGUAUCGCCGACACGCCGUAGUGCGGCUGAGCCCCAUCGUGCCACUCAACAGCGCCGAAGUUUCCAUGAAACUCGGAUUAAUGAACCCAACGGACUCUACAAAGACUGUAUGGCCAGAUCCUUCAUCGAGGAGGCGGAGCGCCGCGGAGCCCUGACACCCGGCGUGACCGUCAUCGAAGCCACAGGCGGAAGCACGGGCUCGUCUCUCACCUUCACGUGCACCGUGAAAGGCUAUCACUUCACGGUCAUCUCUUCCGACGGCUUUGCGAUUAAGAAGUUGAGGACCAUGGAGGCGUUCGGGCCAGAGCUGGACCUAAUGCCCAGCCCAGCGGGGAGACCACCGGACCUGAUCCCCUCGAUGGAGACUGUAUGA